AUGAAGUCAUCCCCGUGCAUCCGUUCUCGAGAACCCAACGAGAACGACAACUCCAGCUAUAAAUCUCUUUGUACUGCCUUCGAUAACCGGCUUCGUUUAUUUAUGAACACGGAAUUAUUUCCUGUGAACAACGAACGCGAACAAGAUCACAUUCCGGCUGCACAGAAUGGAAUGCAGAGCCAGUUUGGGGCACCUUUGAGGCUCGGAGGCAAUGCUGACGCAAGGGUACUCACACUCACGGUUGUCACUUCCCACACAGAUAAUCUUGCCGAUGCCCCAAAUGCAGCUCUUGGGACACCUUCGUCGUCGGUGACGGCCCCUCUUGCAACGUGUGCGCACACCGUUGCCGUCGAUUCCCCACGUCCACGACGCGGUCGACCUCCUGGAUCCGGGUACAAACAAAAGCGAGCGGCUGCACUAGCGUUAGAGGGAGUAGCGCCGCCUGCAAAACGUCCACGAGGAAGGCCAAAAAAACAGAAGUUGGCAUCUCCUGCAGUGUCGAUCGAAUUCAGGACAUCGACAAAUCCUGGUACUAGCAGGAUAACACCUCCAGCUUUGCUUGCCCCACCUUAUUCCUUUGUUCCACCAUCCCGCAGUUCAAAUCAUAGUCCCAGACCCAGUGUACCGCCUCAACUGCACAGCGGCCAGUUGGUUGCAUCCAAUCCCUGCACCACACGUCCGCCACCAUCUACCCACACAACGCCUCCACAUGAUACAAUUAUUGGUAGUGAAGAUCCACAGCGCGAAAUUGUGCCGCUGGAUGAUGACGAUGCAUCUGGAGAUGGUGUUGGUGUCGAAGAUGAUUUGGAUGACGAUGAAGAUUGCCCUUCACCUUUGUCUUCUGGAGCUCCCAUGGUAAAGCCGUUACCCGAGUGGCUGAUGGAGCAAUUUCGACAACAUCUCAAAGAGUCGCGGCAACGCGACGCAAAUGGUCUGCCUCCAUUAUAUGCCAAUCAACACACAUUUUGGUUUCCGACAAAAUCGAAUGGUAUGGGAACAAAGCAAUUUUCCGACGGUUUGCGUACACAGCAUCUGCUUCGACAUGACCUGCUCAAUCUGCAGUAUCUGACACACCUUUGCGAACGAAGAAACACAUUGGAUGGCACCUGGAAUAACAGAAAAUUUGAAUCCUUUCUGCCCUUCAAUGACACAAGCCCAAGAGGACGUCAUGGAUAUAUUCCUAGUGCCCAAUGGAUUCGAGAUAUGUAUGACUCGUUUAUUGAAAAGCACGGCCACGAUUUCAACCAGCACACGGCGAUGUUGACGGGUGAGAUAUGUGCUAUUGACCAUAGCCACAAAAUUACAAAACACUUAGCCCGUGUCGAAGGUGAACAGGUUUUCACUGGCCUUCUUACGGUAACCAAUGAAAAAGGCGAAAUAAGGACGUGCAAUCUUGUUGCAACCAAAGCGCAAUCACAAUCUGAAUUGCCUUUGAAAGCCAUGGCAAAGUCUCUUGAUCUUUACGGUCACUCCCAGCCUCAACUUUUCUUCACCGAUAAUAUCACCGAUAAGGCAUUCUUGGAGCGGUGCUUCCCUUCUCUUCGAGCCGGUGUAGUGCCAGUUGAAAAGUAUGCAGAUUUGGAGCCCUUUGAACUUUCUCCGCAGGUCAAGCUUCUUCCCAAGGAUUCACCACACUCAAUCAAUGAUGCUGCACGAUCUAUUCUCGAUGAUGUUCCCCAGGAUCAGGGAUAUAUUGCUGUUGGUUUUGAUUCUGAAUGGAAUGUAGAGCUUUCGUCUCGUGGUCACGUGACCCAUCGUGGCAAGACAGCGAUUAUACAAAUUGCUUAUCAGGAUUGCAUAUAUGUGCUUCAGAUUAGUGAAAUGCUUGCAAAGGGGGACCUGCCACAUCAACUAAAGCUGUUACUCGCUCAUCCACGAAUUUUGAAAGUGGGUCGGAUGAUCAAAUCUGACCUCUCUUAUCUCCAAAAAGCCUCUAACUCGUCGUAUGACUUUGUCGGGGGAGUUGAUCUUGGAAAACUUGCCAAAGAUCGCCUUUUAAUAUCAAAUAUUUCAAAAACAAGUCUGGCAGAUCUGUGUGCACGGAUUUUGCAUAAACGUCUCGACAAAAAUGUACCAGAACGAAUCAGUAACUUGUGGGAGAAUAUUGUUUUGUCCCCCGAGCAGUUAAGCUAUGCUGCAAAAGAUGCAUACGCUUCGCUCUGCCUCUACAAAGAAAUGCAAAACAUCAAAGUGCCAUCUCUACUCCCAUCAUUGGUGGAACCUUGCAUGCCGGUCAUUCUCUUCAGCAACGAUAACACUACAAUCAUUGCAGAAGGUCAAAUAUCACGUCACGCCCGAAGCCAAACAUAUGAUGGAAUCAAAGUUUCUGCACGGAGAACAGUUAUUGAUGUUCUCAAAGUUCUUGUUCCGGGUGCGAUUAUUCCACAGCAUCGUCGGCAAACUCUGAAAUCGUUUGGCCAAACACCGUUUUCGAUAGUCUGCUUACAGAGCCAUCUUCGACUUUAUGAUCCUGCCGCCUCAUCAACAAGGACAAUCAAAUUUUGUGAAUCUGCCAGCUCCGAGCCUGAAACCGAAACCCCCUAUGAAUCUGCAAGCAUUUUUCAGGAUGCUGAUUCCGAAUGUGACUUUGCUGCACCCAAUGAUUCAGAGCCUUCUUGCUCGGUUGGGGAUCUCUUAUCUGAUGACCUCUCUGAAGGAUGUUCUACUGAUUCUGUGCAAGGCUUUGAGGUUGAUCCUGAAAGUGUGUUAUUCUGCAAGGAGUACUUGGGAAAAGAUCCAGAUCAGUGGGAUUAUACACUGCACAGUCGUGUCAUCAAGGACGUGUGGCAUGUUUUCCACAUGUUCUACAUUCCCGCCACUCAUGGGCUCCGAAAGCAGUUUACUCGUGAUCUGCGCGAUGCAAUCUUUAUUCCUGAUAAAGAUGACAAGGAUCGUAUUGACGCAAUUGGUGCAACGUGGUCUCCACCUCAAACAUAUGAGCAGCUACGAAAUUCACGCUCAGAAUGGCACCAUAUUCCAUCACCACAUAUUGUCUAUGAAUAUCUUGCCAAAGUCUUUCGCACAUAUGGUCCCUUGAGGGAUCCCAAAACCAAAAAGCCCCUGUUUUCAGUGGAAGGCUGGAAAACUGCCAAACAUAUUCUUGAACUUGCUAUAGGAGGAUAUUUAUCUGAUCCUCCUGGAAUUCCUUUGUAUACACGAAUUGGGACCGACAAAUCAACAGGCCUUCCCAUAUACAGAUGUGCCCGUGGUACAAAUACAACUGAAGGCGGUGUUCAUACCCAUAUACGGUCCCGCUUGCCAAAGUUUGGCACGUCUUUCCGACAUAUGCAGGCUUGUCUUAAGGACUUUGUUCUUCGGCACAAUCUCCAGACGGGUACAUACAACUCUACUGGCCAACCAUAUCGAAGUCAUUUCUCGAUAUGGAUCAUAAACAAACUCCAGGAACUUACAAUUUCACUCGACAAUAUACUCAUCAACCCAGUCCAAAUUGAUGGCUGGGUCAAUGGCAACCUCUAUUCGCCAACGACUGAAGUUCUUGGGAUUCUGCCUAUUCCAGAAAGCAUUCGAACGGCCACAGGCAUGCUUCCAUAUAAUUCAAAUACUGUUAUUCCUAAUCAGCCACAAAUGCAUCAGUAUCUUGCCAAUAUUCAGGGCACUCGAAAGCCUGUGCUACCUGUUCAUACAGCAACGGAAAAGAAGCUCUUCCAUGAUCUGAUCAAAAGUCACGCUGCCUUUAGUCCGGUGUCUGGAGAGCCACAAUGGCGAGAUGCAGUUCCAGUAUGGAAUGCAAAGGCUGACAUAACAAAUGAUGUCUCUUACAAGCUUGUUGAGCAAUUGAGCGCAUAUUAUAAUAAAUGGAAAACACUUUCACACAUCCACGAAACUCUGUCUCUUACUGCAGAUAUCCGUGGACCACUCUCAAUCAUCAUUCACGACCCAUCACGUUCACGAAAAGCACCUGUUGUACCUUUCAAACCGUGCCCACAACCUCUCACUGCUUGCGAAGGCUUGCUAGAAACCAAUGAUAAUGGAAAUCGCAUGUUGGCACCGUUGCCCAUUACAACAAAUGCCAUGCAUGUUGACUCGGAUUUACCAAGUCAACAGCUUUCUCGCGAUGACAUGGCAAGCCGGGACAUUGAAUUUUGGCGCGAAACAGAUGUUAUUUCAGCUCCUCAACAACUCGAACAUCAGCAAAUGUGCCCUACCUCGCCUAGAAGCCAUCAAUUACAGAACAAAAUCAUUAUGGAGAAGCUUGCGCGUCAACGAGUGGUUGAAUCACUCCAGAAAACAAAGCCAAUCAAAAAGCCACGAAAACGGCGGACGUGCCGCAAAUGUGGCCAAAGAGACUGCUCCGGAAGCAGCAACGUUAACCUGUGUCGCAACCGCUGUCAAGAUUGCGGCCAAUACAAUAGCUGCAAAGGCAGAAAUACAAAGAGACCCACGAAGAAGUGUUAUGAGGGAUGGAAUUAA